AUGUGGCUUCAUUCAAAUCACCAAGGAAGACCUGGAAUAUUUUCGUCUGAUGAGCAAAAUGAACUAUUACAUCAAAGUCGAUGGCAAGAAAGUGUUCUUGGUCUGUGUGCGAUAGUUCUUUCGAGUCCAUAUGAUAUUCCAAUUCAUAUUCCUCGUGCUUUGAUGCUUCUAUGCGAACAUUCACACGAUCCAAAUCUCAUUCGAAAAUCAAUCAAGAAUGCCCUGUCAGAAUUUCGUCGUACUCAUCAUGAUUCAUGGCAUGAACACCGCGAAAAAUUCACCGAAGAUCAACUUGUCAUUCUAGCUGAUGUUCUGAUUUCUCCGAACUAUUAUGCCUGA